AUGAACCCUAGCAAAGCUUACAAGGUAUUGGGUUUGAGUGGCAAUGCGAGCAAGCAAGAAAUAAAGCAAGCUUACAGGAGAUUGGCAUUGAAGUACCACCCUGACAAGCACACUAACUCCUCCAAAACCAUCAAAGACGAUGCCACCCAGAGAUUUAAACAGGCCACAGAGGCCUAUGAAAGCCUCACGAACCCUAGCAACCACCAGCACUUCCAGCAAGCCUAUCAUUAUUACUAUCAGGACAUCUUUUAUUAUUAUCAUCAGGAUAUUAUAUUUCAUGAUAUGCAGUCCCGCUAUAGCUUUGAUGAUUGGUCUUCUGACUUCCUUAUCGGAGUUAUAUCUGCUGCUAUUGUGAAAAUAGCUAGUGCUCCAAUUGACCGUGUCAAAAUACUAAUACAGAAUCAGAAUGAGAUGAUCAUGAAUGGUCGGCUUUCAGAACCAUACAAGGGGAUAAAAGAUUGCUUUGGCCGGAUUAUCAAGGAUGAGGGUGUCAGCACUCUGUGGAGAGGAAACACUGCUAACGUUAUCAGAUACCUUCCUAGCCAAGUGUUAACCAUUGGCUUCAACCAUUUUUACAAGGUUCUUUUCAGCUGUGAUAAUCAUCUUGUGGGGAACCUAGUAUCAGGUGCUGCUGCUGGUUCUUCGUCUCUUUUUUCGUUGUAUUCUCUCGACUAUGUAAGAACACGUUUGGCAAGUGACAUCAAGGCCACAAAGGGCGGUCAGAGACAGUUUCAGGGUUUGAUUGAUGUCUACAGAACAGCCGGUUUUCAAGGCACGUACCGGGGAUUCAAUAUCUCUUUUGCUGGGGCUGCUGUAUACCGCAGCCUCUACUUUGGACUAUACGAUUCUUUGAGACCUCACCUUGCUGAUAGGACUAAUUUCUUUUCUUGUUUCUUGCUGGGAUGGGGAGUUGUCACGAGUGCUGGAUUCGCAUCGUACCCCAUUGACACAGUGCGAAGAAGGAUGAUGAUGACCUCGGCAAUUUCAGAGAAUGCCGCUUUUGCUACAUUUAGGAGAAUCAUAAGAGAUGAAGGUGUUAAGUCUCUGUACAAGGGUGCCGGGGCAAACGUAUUACGCGGUGUUGCAGGUGCUGUUAUGCUUGCUGUGUAUGACAAGCUAAAUGUGACCCUUUGUUCUUGCAACAAAUCUAUUGCUGCGGCUUAA